AUGUACUUCCGGCCGCCGCCCAAGGGCCCGGAGUGGUACGCCGGCGAUGCGGAGACGGGGCAGGCGGCGCACCUGCUGUACCCACUGAUGCUGGAGGACUCGCGCCUGCGGUGGGCCUUCAUCCGGAAGGUCUACAGUAUCCUGUCCAUCCAGAUGCUGCUCACCGUCGCCGUCGCCGCCGUGGUCGUGUACGUCCGCCCCGUCGCGCGCUUCUUCGUCUCCACGCCCGGCGGAUUCGGGCUCUACAUCUUCCUCAUCAUCCUCCCGUUCAUAGUGCUGUGCCCUCUGUACUACUACUACCAGCACCACCCGGUGAACCUGCUGCUGCUGGGCCUCUUCACGAUCGCCAUCAGCUUCGCCGUCGGCCUCACCUGCGCCUUCACCAAAGGGGAGGUGAUCCUGGAGUCGGGGAUCCUGACGGCGGUGGUGGUGCUGAGCCUCACGGCGUACACCUUCUGGGCGGCGAAGCGCGGCCACGACUUCAACUUCCUGGGCCCGUUCCUGUUCGCCGCCGUCAUGAUCCUCAUGCUGUUCGCGCUCAUCCAGCUCUUCUUCCCUCUCGGCCGCAUCUCGCUCAUGGUCUACGGCGGGCUGGCGGCGCUCAUCUUCUGCGGAUACAUCAUCUACGACACCGACAACCUCAUCAAGCGCUACUCCUACGACGAGUACGUCUGGGCCGCCGUCGCGCUCUACCUCGACGUCAUCAACCUCUUCCUCUCCCUCCUCACGCUCUUCCGGGCGGCGGAUUCGUGA